UUACAUUACCUUGACCUUUCCCUGAUACACACAUACUAUGUCUAUUUAGAAACCUCAUGUAGAACAGCUGGUGACAUUUCGUCUGGAAUAACCGUUAUGUAAAUUUUAAUCACUGCCGAAUAUUGAAUAGGUUUUGCCAAUUUUUCAAGUUGUGUUAAUUUUGUUUAGCAUUGGACGCUGUCAUUCCCAAACGUAACAUCGAUACACAUAACUACAAAGUCUGUGUAUCUUAUAUAAGAUUGAUAAUAUAAUACACACCGUUAUGCCAUAAACACAUAUACCUUUGCUGUAUAUGGCAGAUAUAUCUGACCGGAACAAUGUUUUCGAAAUUAAUUAAGAAUAAUCUCAUUACUAGGUGCUCAAGACUAUUCUUUAAUGGAACAGGGAGCUGUAUUAUGGAUUUGAGAACUUAUGAAACCAAUGGAUUACCGACUGAUGACACUUCAACAACAAAGUCUCAAAAAAGGAGAUACAGCAGUGGAAGUAGUUCAUCUAGGUCGCAACAGGCAUGUGCGCCAGGAGAGAUUAUAGAUCAAAUGAGACAUGACGAUCCAGCUAUCAUUGAUUUAACAGUAACUAUUGACGACCCAGCAAUAAUAGAUUUAACAGGGAGUAUUGGUAACACCAAAACAAACUUGCCAAAGCUAAACUACAGAGAUUUGGAAGGUUCUGCAGUGAAAGGUCUGGAAGAUAAUCCAAUGGGACCUCUAUUUUCAAGACUAAAUGAUUCCAAAUAUUUCCAAAGAGGUCCUAGUUCAAGUUCCUCCCAGCAGUCCAAAACAUUUAGUGAUAUUGAAAACAAAGCUAGGCCGUUUUCACCAAAUCCUCCGUUAAAGAAACAUAAAAAGGAAGAAGAUGACUCUAGUCCAGAAACCAAGGAUGAGUUUGAUCUUGAUUCAUACAAGUCCCUAAGGACAUGGGAGUGGACCACCAUUGGAAGGCAGUGCUUAUUUGGAAAUUAUAGCUACCAUGGCACAGACUUCACUGUCAUGUCCUACAAUGUUUUAGCCCAAAACCUGCUUUACGACAAUAUUAACUUGUAUGUUAACUCAGAAGAAAAGUAUCUAGAGUGGAAUUACCGGAAGCAUGUUCUUCUGCAUGAGAUCAAAGAACAUUUGCCUGAUGUUUUGUGUCUUCAAGAAGUUAACUUGGAACACUACAAAUCAUUCUUUGUACCAGAACUGUCAAAAUUAGGUUACAAAGGAGAGUUCCAGAAGAGGACAGGCUCUGACAAGUUUGAUGGCUGUGCUACAUUUUACAAUGCACAUCGGUUCAAAAUGGUCAAAUGUAGCCAUUUGUGCUAUAAGAGACAAUAUAGUAUCCUAGACCGUGACAAUGUAGCACUGAUAAUGAAGCUGGAACCAGUCACUAAGCGGAAACGUCGGAGAGAAUUGUGUGUCGCAAAUACCCAUCUACUCUUUAACCCAAAACGAGGAGACAUUAAGUUAGCACAGAUGGUUCUUCUGUUGACAGAGAUAAAAAAAAUGUCACUCACAUUAACAGGAGACGGUCACACAACUCACAUUCCCACCAUUCUUUGUGGUGACUUUAACUUAGUGCCUGAAAGUGACUUAUACCAAUUCUUGGCUGAUGGAUAUCUCAACUUUGAAGGACUACUGACUAGAACGCUGUCAGGUCAAAGAGGGGGCCGGCGAGGGAGAGAGUCAUAUCUGCCUAGAAAUUUCUUUCCGUCUGAACUAAACAUCUCUGACCAUUGUACAUAUGUUAAAGAAAAUCAGUUGGAUAUGCCCCCUUCAAAUCAAAAAUCAUCAUCACAGUAUUUCACAGAGGAUGAAAUCCCUUCAAGUUCUUCAGCACAGAUACAACGGGAUUCACAAGGAGCCUUUUCAGUGAGGAGAGAGGACAGUGGGUGUCUGUGGCAUAAUCUCAACUUUGUGUCUAGCUACAAACACCGGAUUGAGCGACUAGGCAAGUCUGUAAAGGAGGUGACGACACAUCAUGGACAUGACAGUGCCAUUGUGGAUUUUAUCUUCUACAACCGCAACCACAGGGACACUAAGGAAGGAUGUCUGACACUUUUGGGACGCUUGGGACUCAUGUCGGAAGAAGAACUAAACCAAAUAGGAACUUUUCCCUCAAAACACCAUCCCUCUGACCAUCUCCCAAUCCUCAGCCGAUUCCUGCUUGAUUGAUCCUUUAUCAGAAGCAGCCUUUUACGCUUAUGCAAUAAAACUGGCUUAUAGUAGUAUGUUGCAAGUAUACAGUAACUUAAAGUGGUAUGGCACUAUCUUGUUAUUGCAUUUAUAGCUAUAGGAAAGAAGAAACAAAAUUAUAGGAAAGAAGGAAAAAUGGGUCAAAGAGAUAGAAUUUAUAGGAAAGAAGGAACAAUGGGUUAAAGAGAUAGAAUUUAUAGGGAAGAAGGAACAAUGGGCUAAAGAGAUAGAAUUUAUAGGAAAGAAGGAAAAGUAAGUUAAUGGUACAUGUAUGCUAAACUGCAUAUGAAUUGAAAGAAAUUGAAUUGAAGAUUUAUUGUAUAUUUAGAAAGGCUGAAAAAUUGAAUCUUCCAUCCACAGUAAGAGGAAAUUUGAAAAUUUCAUUGCAAUUUGGAAUGAACACAAUCAAAGAUGUGCCAUCCUUUACCAUAGUUUUAACUUGUGUAUAAAAAUGUGUCCAGUCAUGUCUGUAUCUAUCAUUUAUGAAUAUAAGAACAUAAUGUUUCUGUCUUAAAACCUUAGCCAUCUCUGUGGAUUUGCUCAAAUUUAUUUUUAAAUUGCUAUACAUUUUAUGAGUGGUCUCCCUUUGACUGUUACAUGCAGAUGGUGGCAAAGUCAUAAUCAUAGUAUCAUAAGGAUAAUCAAUCAAUGAAUGAAAUUCAGGCAAAAAGGAGAUAAGGAACAUUUAUUUUGGCCUGGUAUGAUAUGGACAGUAAUAUUGUUUAACUGAUCCUGGCAUAUUGGUUCUCCAACAAAAAAUCGGAAAUAAAUAACAUUGAUGAAGGAAUUGACACUUAUAGUACAUGUAGUGUUCAAGCACCAAGAUGAUGAGUUUGAUGGAUUUACAGCUGGAGACCUGGUGAAUGAAUUACAAUUGUAGUUUCCAUUGCACUAAGUUAGGUAUACCGGUAUUCUUUUUUAAUUUACUUCAUUUCAGGUUAUUCCACAGAGCAAAUUUCAAAAUAGUUGUGCAUGUAUUCAGAACAAGUUUACCUUGGAUCAACCAGUUGCACUCUUUUAGUUACUUUAUCUAAACUUUUCACUCAUGUUAAUGGAUUUCUCAUGAACUUAUCCAACGUUCUAUAGCUUGAACAACCUGUCAGUUACAAAGUCCUUUGUCCAUUAUAACUAUGUAAAAAAAAAAUCAGGAAAGGAAUUUUCUUUAUAUCAAUAUUUAUAUAUAUAUAUAUCAUUGACUGUGUUAAAGUUUGAAGGUAUGUGCUGAUUAGACAAAAUUGAUAUAGUAAACAGAUUUUGAAAAAUAGCAAGUCAUGUCUACAUACUCAUCCUAAAUUAUCCUAGCCAAAUGGAAAGCCGCCACACCAUACGUAUUUUGUUUGGCCUUCGAUAGACAUAUACAUUAUACAAAUGUACUAAGGCAGUAUUUCGUAGAAUAUAGUGCUACAUUAAGAGUUCAUGUGCCUGAUAAUGGGUUCAGUAGUGUUUCUGGCAUUGACAAACUACCUUCAUGAAAUUAUUUAUUUUGUCAGAAAAAAAAUGUGUAUUUUUACUUUGGUACUCUAAACAUUUUAUUUUAUUUUCUUUCAAUGACAAACAACAUGACGCUGAUAACAAAAGGAUUCUCAUACAAGCAAAAUGCUGAUAAAAUAAUACUGGCAGAAAUGUUGUAAAAGUUACCAUUGUACUAAGAAUAUUGUUUCCUGAUAAUGCUAUAGAAGUAUAUUUCAGCAUUAGAUACUCGUCAAUUACCACAGUAUUUGUGAAUAAGGUGUGUAUCUUGUCAUAAUUUAAUCUCCUAUUACCAUUCUGAUCAAGAGAUGACUUCCGUUACAGUUUGAGCAACUCAAUAUCUUGAAACUGUAUGCAUGUAUUUAGAUUUUGAAAUGUUGAAAUUGUUGUUUUCAUUAUUUCCAUAACUGAUAUUAUGAAUAGACAUGUAGUAAACAAUUUUUGUGAGCUCAAAUGAGCCAGUAUUAAUGAAAUAUGCUACUGUGAACAAAUGGCAGUAAAAUCUUAAGAAUCGAACCUGCACAUGGCCAUCAGAUUUUUGUUGUAAAAUGAAGAUACUGUACAGAUUUAUGGCAGCUAUACUUUUGUGUCUGUACUGUAGGAUUGUGAUGUGUAUCUGGCUGAGGCUGUUGUUGUUAAUCAAUAGAUGUAUCACUCUGAGCAUUUCAUAUACAUUAUUGUACGGCAUAAUAUCAUUUAAUAUAAUGAAAUUUAUUACAUACUUACUAAUA